AUGCUAAAAUCCUACAUUAUUAUACUCACGAUUCUGGGAAGCAUCCCGGUGUUGCAUGGUAUCAAGUUCUAUCUGUGGCCGAACGCAAGCAAAUGUCUUAAGGAGGAUAUGCAAGCGAACCAAUUGAUAAUGGGCGAAUAUGAAGUCUCGAAUGUGCCCGGACAGGUUAUCAACUAUAUUGUACGCGACAGCAAGGGUCAUAUAUUGUCCCAAAAGGAUGAGAUUACCAAAGGAAAGUUCACCUUCUCGGCCGAGGUGUAUGAAACUUACGAGAUUUGCUUCACUUCAAUAGUGGAAGUUAAUCAACCUGGAGUUAAUCAAGAAGUCUCAUUGAUUAUCCAAAAAGGCUUUGAGGAGAAGAGCUCUGCAGACCUUGGGGAGGCAUCCAAAUUGAAACCGACCGAGGCGGAUUUAAAGCGUUUAGAAGAUCUUUCGGAUUUGAUUCUCCAUGACUUUCAGCUAAUGCGUAAACGAGAGCAGGAAAUGCGUGAUACCAAUGAGAAAACUAACACUCGAGUCUUAUACUACAGCGUGUUCAGCAUGAGCUGUCUGCUUGGCUUGGCCACUUGGCAAGUGCUGUACCUUCGCCGUUAUUUCAUGAUCAAGAAAAUCAUCGAUUAGAGACAUUGGCGCCCACAUCCCACAUAUGAAUUCUCUCAUGUUUUGCUCUAUAAAAAUAAAUUUUCUUCUAGCAUAGCUCGAGCCAUAAAUCUCGGCUGUGAUAUAAG